CAUAACCUAAAAGUUUACGGGUCAAAAAGAAAGUGCGAAAAAAGUGUUUAUUAAUUUUUCACAUUAGUUUUAAGGAGUGAUUGGGCGUGAAUAUGGAGAAAAAAGGUGUAAAGACAUCUCGAUUUGCGUCAGUUACGCGUAAUGAUCGUGUAGCGCAGAUGACAAAACAAGAGGAAAUCAUUGCAAAGAAGAAAAAAGAAUUGGUCGAGAAGCAACGUACUGCGGAAUUGGCUAAAGCUAUUGCGGCUGCCACAAAUGUAGGCAACGACACCCCAGCGAGCACAUCUGCCACUCCCCGGAAUUCAUUCAAUAAUGAUGGUUCAUUCCUCGAAAACUUCAAAAAGAUCACGCAAGCUGUGAAAGUCACGAAUACCGUGGAAGCUAAUGCUCCACCAAAUGCCCGGAAUAUGUUCCAGGAUGAAUGUGUGAAUUCCAAUACUUCCGAAGAUUCUGCAGCAUAUGAAAAAGAAGAGCUGCAAGAGAAGAAACAUAGCAGUGAAUCUCCAUAUAGAAGUGAAUAUGCAAUGAUGCAAAGUCAGGCUGUGGCCCAAGAACGCCGGGAAGUUGCUAAUAAUCCAGCACAAAGCUCUAAUAUUGCUCCCAAAGCUCUUUCCAUGCAAAUUCCACCUCCACCUCCUCCUGCUUUGCCACCACAAGCUGCUGUGGUCAGCAAAUCCUCACCACCAUUGCCCUUUAAUCCCAACAUUCCUCCCCCACUCGUCUGUCAGGGACUACAUACAACUCCUCCUCCACUAAAUCCGGUCGUUCCGCCAAUCUUUCCACCACCACUCCUUCAUACAAUUCCUCCACCAGCCCCAAUGGCCCUCAAUGAGAUUCCACCCCCAAAAGCGCUGGAUCUGAAUGCCAUCCCAAAGCCAGAGCUCAAUUUGGAUGCCAUAAAAGUGCCUGAAUUUACCGCAACUACUUCAAUUCCACCUCCAACAUCAUUCUACAAAGUUUUUUCAGACAAUGAAAUUAUUCCGACAACCAUAGACACGUUAGUCGUAAUGGUAGCCGAAAAUGGCGAUGCCUAUGAAGAUAAAAUACGUUCACGAAAAAAUGAUGUUCAUUCAUCACUGUGGUUUCUCUUCGACACACAGUCGGAAGCAUACCGCAUUUAUAGGCGGAAGGUGGUUGAUUUGCGGUCGAGGCGAAUGAGGGAGAAAUUUGGAGAGUCAGAUAAAUACGAUCCCGAGGAAGUGUGCAACGCUGAGUACGAGGAAGACGAAGAGGCUCUCAAUGAGCGUGAACGGGAGGAACAGGCUGCGGAAUAUCUCGAAUAUCAUAGGCGUUUCUCUGAAAUGUACAAACAUCAGGAUGAUGAUGAGGAUGGCCAUGAUUCGGAUACAGAAUACCGACGAGAGGUGAAGGAGAGAAAUUUUAACAAUAUGAAACGCCGUAGUGCCGUGAAUUAUGAUGAUACAGAUUCAACAGAGUCCGAUAAGAGUAGUCAAGAUGUGGAGCAUAGUGAUGGAAAGGAUUUUCAGUUGGGUGAUAAAGGAAAUGAUGGCAAGAUGGAAUACGCUGGGGCGUCGUCAUCAAAGAAGCGUAAGAGGAGUCGCUGGGGGGAAAAAGUUGAGGAAACAAAGGUUCCAACACCAUCGGAAAAUCAAAAUAAACCCCAAUUGUCCACUGUGACAAGGACUAAUCCGGCUCUCUUGCAAUAUGCUCUACAAAAUUACGGGACAACAAAUCUCAGUGAGGAAGAUUGGAAGAAAGCCGAAGAUCACUACAAGGUGAAUUUGCUGUAUCAGGAUAUGCUGAAGAAGCGCCAAGAGAUUGAUCGUUUGGCCAAGAGGGGUCAAUUUAAGUAUGAAUAUGAUUCAGAUGAAGACAUCACGGGUGGAACGUGGGAACAUAAAUUGAGAAUGGCUGAAAUGGAUGCCACCAAAGCCUGGGCAGAGGCACUGACAAAACAAUCCGAAGGACGGCAUCACAUUGGGGACUUCCUUCCACCAGAGGAACUUCGGAAAUUCAUGGAGACGUACAAUGCAAAGAAGAAUAACCGAGAACCCGACAUGAGUGACUACAAAGAGUACAAAUUGAAGGAGGAUAAUAUUGGUUUCCAAAUGCUUCAAAAAUUGGGUUGGAAGGAAGGUACGGGUCUCGGAGCUGAGGGUCGUACCGGAAUUGUUGAUCCAAUUAAUAAAGCUUCCCAGAGAGAAAUGAAUCAAGGAUUAGGCGCCAAUACCAGUGCAACACCCCCUGAGGAAGAAAAUGAAUAUGAAGCAUACCGACGACGUAUGAUGUUAGCUUAUCGAUUUAGGCCAAAUCCAUUGAACAACCCAAGAAGAGCUUACUAUUGAUUUUGCAAAAAGCUCUUGUGCCUCACAAUGAAGAAAAAGCUUCACUUAAUGCACUCUCAAGAAGGUUGAGCAGUAAUAUCAAAUAUUUUCCACACUUAUGCUGACAUUUUUUAUGGGAAAAACAACUUUUACAGAUCAACUGGAAUUGAAAAGAAAAAAAAAGAAAAUGAAAUUUGCUACAUUAUGCACGCGCUGCAUCGGUUUCCUGGAAUAGAAUAUUCUUAUUCUCUGAAUUACAAAAUAUUUGCAUCUAAAUGAUAAAUAAACGUGAAAAGAUUAUUAUGAAAAAAA